AAAUCGGUUCACCCGGUGCUCCCGCACAAACUGCGGGAACACCAGGUGGACUUUGCCGGCCAGGUGCGCGGCGACCCCAAAAGCAGGGGGGGGAAAAGAAGAACGAGCGCUUUUUUGUUGUGUUUUUGUUUUGCUUCGAAUUGUCCCCCUUCGAGUUCACCGCUCGCCAUGUACAGCAUGAUGGAACACGAGUUGAAGCCCAGCGGGCAGCCGGUGCACCACACGGCCCAAGGCAUGUCACCGGCCCCUCCGGGCAGCAUGACGCCCGGCAACGGCGUCCCUCACCCGGGCUCCAAAAGCGCCCUGGCCCCCGGCGGAGGGGACCCCAUGGAUAAGGUGAAGCGGCCAAUGAACGCCUUCAUGGUGUGGUCCCGGGGCCAGAGGCGCAAGAUGGCCCAGGAGAACCCCAAGAUGCACAACUCCGAGAUCAGCAAGCGGCUCGGCGCCGAGUGGAAGCUGCUGAGCGACGCCGAGAAGCGGCCGUUCAUCGACGAGGCCAAGCGGCUGCGGGCCGUGCACAUGAAGGAGUACCCGGACUACAAGUACAAGCCGCGGCGCAAGAGCAAGCCCAGCAUGCUGAAGAAGGACGCGCAGGUGCCCAAGUACCCGCUGGCCGCCGGGAACCUGCUGGUGACGGCCCAGGGCCAGGGCGCCAGCCCCCGGAUGCACGAGAGCUACGGCUGGGGCCCCGCGGGGGGCUACGCCGGGAUGCAGGGCGAGGCGCUCGGCUACACUCCGCAGCUGCACCGCUACGACCUGACGGCCCUCCAGUACCCGCCCGCCAUGACGGCGGCCCAGACCUACAUGAACGGAAGCAACUCGUACAGCCCGAUGUCGUACAGCGGCAGCCCCCAGCAGCCCGGCCCGGUUCCCGUGUCCAUGGUGAAACCGGAAGCCGUGUCCCACUCGCCCCCGACGCCCGCCCACCACCGGGGCCCCCUGCAGGGCGACCUGCGGGACAUGAUCAGCAUGUACAUCCCGGGGGGCGGCGACGGCGGCGGCGACCCGGCGGGGGGGCCGGCCCCCAGGGGCUACGGCGGCGUCCAGCAGCACUACCUCGGCGGCACCGUCCCCCUCACGCACAUCUAG